AUGAGCGAUCGUCCGCUAAGUUAUGAUGAGCUAGUCGAUCACAUUGUUAACGGCAAAGCAGUACCCAACAUUUUGCACAUCCCCAAUGUCACAUUAGAUGCUUCCCUUAGUAAAGAUGCAAGUAUGAAGCCACGAGCUAAACCUUGGGAAGAAGGGAAGAAACUUGAUUUGGAAGUCGAUAACGGACCUUCCGAAGACAUCCCUUCUGUACCUGAAGUAGUAGAGGAAGAACAAGUCUCAAGAGCCGCCAGCUCGGAACAUAUAUCGCAACUGUAUUCAUUGGAUACUGAGUUCGAAUUACAAUUGGAACAAUUUUUGGGGGGCAUAGAUGAGAGUAUAGGGCCUGGCAAAUCGGUCUAA